AUGUGCGACAACCAUCGUGGCAUUUCCUCGCUCUGCAUUGAUGGUAAGAUCUCGGCAAGACUUUUACUCAACCGCCUCAUCUGCCACCUAGAAAAAGGCCUUCUCCCCGAGUCUCAGUCUGGCUUCUGUAAGAAUAGAGGCACAUUAUAUUCUAUGAUAUUUGCUGCACGCCAGCUCCAAGAGAACUGUCAAAAACACAAUGUUGAGCUUUAUUGCACUUUUGUCGACUUAACCAAGGCAUUUGAUACAGUUAGUAGGGAAGCGUCUCUGGGGAAUCACUUCAUCGACAUGAGGCGUUCAGACCAGGGGGGAUUCUUCAACAUUCGCUGCUUGAAGUCCAAGAGACAAAGUGCCAUUACCAGAGUCUGCGAAUUUCUCUUUGCUGACGAUUGUGCUCUCAACGCCAAAAGUGCAGAGAAUAUGCAGCUCAGCAUGGACCUCUUUGCCCAAGCCUUCGGCUUAACCAUCAACACACAGAAAACUGAGGUGUUGCACCAGCCAGGACUUGGAAAGGAUCCUGUAGACCCGGGCAUCCCUGUCAAUGGCGAAAAGCUCAAAUGGCCCAUGGGCAGCACUCUCUUAAGAUAA